AUGCCAGUCUGUGAUGGCUGUGGUUGCACAUUUAGUGAGAGUGGGUACUCACGUCACCUUGCACAAACCAGGAAUUCUGCCUGUGUUAGCAUCUACGAGGACAUGCACAACUACAUGCCUAGCAGUCCAGGUCACUCACCACAGCCCACCAAUGAUGAUGGGCUGCACAAUGAUGAUGGGCCGCACCUAUUUGAAGGUGAUUUUUUCAAUACUACACCGGACGACCUUGAAUGGCCUGUAGACGAUGAAGAUGAUGUUGAGGUGGUGGGUGAUGACGAUGAAGAUGAGGAAAUUGAGGGCGAAGGUGGAGUGGCUGAACAAGAGACAGAUUGGGAACCUCCUAGUAUGCGAAGUGCCGAAGAACCGGAGAUGAAUGAGAAUAUUCCCAUGGAUGAACAAGGCAAUGCUGAUGACGACGUUGAUGGCCAACGCACUCGUCGUCACGAAGCCGAACUUCCUCUGGACCAUCACCCUCAUAUUGCAACCUUUCCGCUUCGCACUGCUGGAGCCACGAUUAAUGAAAUUGUUAGUGAGCAAAAUGGAUAUCAGUCGUAUGGUGAAAAGAUGAGUGAAGAUGGAAUUAGCUGUGUCUGGGCCCUGUUCACCUCACAUAUUGACUAUGAAGUCGCCCGGUGGGCCAAGCUGAGGGGGCAAGGUUCGACUGCCUUCUCAGAUCUACUUAACAUUGACGGUGUUUGCGAACGGCUUGGCCUCUCUUACAGGAAUUCUCGUGAGCUAAACCACAUUAUCGACAGCAAAAUCCCUGCCCACCGUCCUCGUUUUAGGCGCCAGGAGAUCCUGGUUGCUGGCGAGGCCUUUGAUGUAUACUUUCGGGAUAUCCUACAAUGCAUCAAGGCACUGUUCGGAGAUCCGGAACUUGCACCUCACCUGGUAUUCGCCCCCGAACGACACUAUUCCGAUGAGGACAAGACUCAGAGGAUAUAUCAUGAUAUGUAUACAGGCAAUUGGUGGUGGCAUACGCAGAUACUUGUCGGUUAUCUUCCCACAACAAAGCUGGAGCACAUCACCAACAAAGCAGCACGGCGUUGUUGUCUUGCGAAUCUUUUUCACGCAUGUGUCCGUCACAUUGUUGAGCCACUCAUUGUGCCAGGCAAGGAUGGGAUGUCAAUAGCCAGCGGCGAUGGAGUCCUUCGUCGUGGUCACCCUCUUUUGGCCUGUUAUAUUGGAGAUUACCCAGAGCAACUCUUGGUGACUGGGAUGAAGACUGGAGAGUGUCCGAAAUGUGAUAUACCUUCGACGGAGCUUGGGAGCAAAGAUCUACCUUUUGAGAUGCGUGAUUUGGAUCAAAUCUUACAUGCACUCGCUCUCGUCGAUGAAGAUCCGACUCAAUUCACCAAGGCUUGUCGAGAUGCAGGAAUAAAACCACUUUAUCAUCCUUUCUGGGAGGGACUCCCGCACUGUAAUAUAUAUAAUGCAAUCACUCCCGACGUUCUCCACCAGAUAUAUCAAGGCCUUGUCAAACACCUUAUCUCUUGGAUCAAAUCAGCUUACGGCGAGGCCGAAAUUGAUGCGCGGUGCAAACGUUUGCCUCCGAAUCACAAUAUCCGCCUAUUUAUGAAAGGUAUAUCAGUUUUGUCGCGAGUAAGCGGUACGGAGCACCAGCAAAUAUGCCGCUUUCUUCUGGGCCUAAUCAUCGACAUCCGUUUGCCUGAUGGGGCAUCCCCUGUUAGACUGAUUCGCGCAGUUCGAGGCCUCCUCGACUUCUUAUAUCUCGCGCAGUACCCAUGUCAUUCGGAUCUGACAUUAGAGCUUCUGAGUGGUGCACUCAACCGAUUUCACGACAACAAGUCUAUCUUCGUGGAUCUAGGUAUCCGAUCAUCAUUCAACCUCCCAAAGCUCCAUUCUUUCCGACACUACGUUACGAUGAUUCGAAUGUUCGGAACCACUGACAAUUAUAACACUGAAUAUACAGAACGACUUCACAUUGAUCUAGCGAAGGAUGCAUACCGCGCGACAAAUCACAAGGACGAAUACAUGCAAAUGACCCUCUGGCUCGAGCGACGAGAGAAGAUGCUGUGGCACGAUAAAUUUAUUCAAUGGCGUCUACACAAUGGUGCUGCCCCAGCUCAUGUCCCUCAAUCGCGUCAUCCCCUACCCCACUCCGACCUUGUAUAUCUGCGACAAUCGAAGCUAACAAAAAACCCAUCUGUUAAACGGGUGACGUUUGCGUCCCUAGCUGAGCAGUAUGGUGCUGUACAUUUUCAAGCUGCUGUGGCUCGUUUCGUCGUGCAAGUGACACAGCCUGAUUUGACUGUGAGGCAGUCUGAAGAGGCUGCCUGCCAUGUCAAUCUACCAUUCCAGUCAGUUGCGGUAUUCCACAAGGUCCGCUAUAGUACUGUGGGUGAUGAUGGCAUGCUAAACAAUGUCACCGUUGACGCGAUCCAUGCGAGACCUGCCCGACGUGACUGCCACAACAGGAAAGUUCCAGCGAGGUUUGAUACUGCACUUGUAAAUCUGGGCAAUGGCGGAAAAAUGGGUGUUGAAGGAUAUCGUGUUGCGCAAGUUCACGUGGUCUUCUCACUGUCGGCCAAUGUCAAACGUGCACUGUUUGGCAAUGUCAAUGUGCCUGACCACCUUGCUUACGUCGAAUGGUUCACGCCGUUCACUGCACCAGACAUUAACCAUGGAAUGUAUAAGGUUUCAUGCGCACUUUAUGAUGGUGACAGGCAAUCCAGCAUUGUCCCUAUUCGCAAUGUUCGACAGUCCAUUCACUUAAUACCCAAGUUCGGGACAGUAGCUCCACGUGAAUGGACUACGAGCAACGUAUUAGACCGGUGUAGCACUUUUUUUGUAAACAACUUCACUGACCGAGAUGCAUAUGUAACUGUAUUCUAG